AAGAGCGGCAUGACCCUCACCCAGAUGUACACGUCGUACGUGGAGGUGUCCGACGCCCUCCUCGCCCAGCGCGAGGAGACGCGCCGGGCGACGUCGCACCUGGACGAGAUCCUGCGGGAGAUGCAGGCGCGGGCUCCGGCCCUGCAGCAGCAGCGACGGGACCACGAUGCCGCCGUAGCCUCGGUGGCAGCGCUCACCGCCAAGCUGGGACGUGCCACCGCCGACAUGGAGCUGAUGCAAGCGGAGAUGGAGGAGUGCCGGAAGGAGGCUGGGCGCCUCAAGCGGGACAACCAGAGGCUCCAGUCGCAGGCCGCAGACCUGGGGGCACAGGUGUGCCUGCUGCUGCAGCAGAUUGAGCGUGAGCGGGGUAACCCAGUGAGGGACCAUCUGGAGGAGAGCUCCUCACAGGUGAGUAGCUCUGGUGAGGUGAUUGCAUCCCGCCUGCUCACCUUCCGUGUCUCUCACCGUGUCUCUCACCGUGUCACUGUGUCUCUCACCGUGUCUCUCACCAU